GAGGGAGGAGACGUGUUCGGCGCAGUGAUCUUUGCUGGUAAAGGUCCUAACUGGAAUGGUGAUCGAUAAACAAAUCUCACGGUGCAAAUUCAUGACAGCGAUAGCAUAGCAGCUAGUUGACAUUUGCCACUUUUUAAAGAGCCGGCUUCGACUCCACACGGACGCUUGAGAGUAUGGAACGGAAAAGUGUACCAGUCAGGCGUGUCCUCUGUAAGCCACAGACAGUGCGAGGUCCAACCAACAACUUUCACACCGAGGAGGCCAGCCAGUCUCGUGCUGCACAUUUAGUUCUUACUAAAGUCCAGCGAAGUGGGCACAAGCACCAUGAUGUCAACCAUCAAAUCAGGACCAAGCCAGACUUGAACACAACAUUGCCAGUUCGACAGACGGCCUCCAUCUUCAAGCAGCCAGUGACCAAAGUAACAAAUCACCCGAGCAACAAGGUGAAAACAGACCCCCAGAGAGCUGUGGAACAACCAAAACAGUUGUUCUGGGAGAGGAAGCUGAGUGGGUUAAGUGCCUUUGACAUUGCAGAUGAGCUGGUGAAAACCAUGGAUCUUCCCAAAGGCCUACAAGGUGUGGGGCCUGCGAGUUCUGACAAAACGCUGCUGUCCGCCAUCGCCAGCGCCCUCCACACAAGCCCCGCCCCUGUCACUGGCCAGCUCACGGCGGCUGUGGAGAAAAACCCGGGAGUGUGGCUCAACACGACACAGCCUCUCUGCAAGGCAUUUGUGGUGACAGAUGAAGAUAUCAGGAAGCAGGAGGACCUUGUACAGAGUGUGAGGAGGCGGCUCGAGGAAGCCCUCAUGGCUGAUAUGUUGGCUCAUGUCGAGGACGCCGCUGUGGAUGCGGCGCCCAGCACGGUAGAAGAAGAUGAAGAAAAGGAGGAGGGGGAGGAGAAGGGGGCUGAGCGGGUGGAAAAGGAGGAGUUAUAGCCAAGGUACACAAAAUGGCUGUGAUGAUUCCUGCAGUGCUGACUGAUUUUUCUUACAUCGUUUACCACAACUUGAACUGAAGUCAUCAACUAUCCUGGGGAUUUUCUGUUUGUUACUUCAACUAAAAUAAAACUUUAAGCGGAGGUAUUAGCUUAAUUUUCAAACUAAAACUUGUUUUUUUUGUAUUUGUAAAAACUGAAAAAGGUGCUCUUUGUUUCAGCUCUUACCUCCAUCAAUGUUUAGCAGAUGUGUUUGGUGCUGCACACUAUUCAUCCAGUGUUGUGUUCAUAACAGCUGCUAAACAAGCUCAAACAAACCGGGGUGUAUGUAAACUGUAAAUUAUCUCUGUAAAUGUCAGUCCUUUUGUGAAGAACACAUUUUUAUAUCCCCACUGUCACAGUAAGUAAUGUUUAUGCUCAGAAGCAUAGAAAAGAUUGCAGAAUUUCUGCAUGCAUGCUGUACUCUUUUACAUUAUGCUGAGAGAGAUAAUAUAGUUUGGUUUUCAAAUAUUCUUUGUUUACAAUAACUUUAGGUCAUGUUUUAUAAUGGCAAGCUAUAUUGAAAGAAACACUGAUACUUAACUACUGUACAUGAUUCAAUAUAUUGUUUAAU